AUGGGUUCUGUAUUCGUGUUCCGGGGCAGUAGAAACGUUCUAGUGAUUUCGGUGAUCGUUUAUUUUUUUGUGUCAAGUGUCAGUGGCUGUUUUAACACAGGCUGGGAGUUUCUGCUGGAGGAUCUGAUUUCUGACGUCUGUCCAGUGUUAGCCAGCGCCACUUCGAUAGUUAAAGAGUUACUGACCCCAAUUUCAUUAGAAUCGUUAAAGGAGGAGGGGGGAUUGAUCACGAAAGACAUGAUUAGGGAGAGCCUCAAGAGCGGGCGGGAACUUUCCCGCGCAGCGAGCAAGCGCGCCAACAUGCUCGCGAGAGGAGGCGUAUGCUUGGACGCCUCCUCGCCAGCGCUGUUCCACUUCUUCUCCGCAAAGCUGUCACCGGAGGCUAAGAAGGCCGCCGAAGUGUCACACGAGCUGCUGACGGCGACGAAGCUGUUGCAGAUGAAAGUUUGCUCAAGCGGUGAAAUCAGCCCCGACACAUUCAUGGCUCUCCUGGAGGACCAAGGGUGUAAGGUGACCGAUAUAGCUUACUGCAAGCCCGUCAAGAUCCCCUACUGCAAAUCCAAGUACCGUAGCAUCGACGGCACCUCGAACAACGAGAAACACCCGGGCUGGGGACGAGCUGGUGUCGCCUUCUCCAGGAUUGCGACGCCACGGUACAGCGAUGGUAUAUAUGCAAUGCCCCUUGCCAAGAGCGGAGGCCAGCUGCCGAACGCGAGGCUGUUGUCCACCGAACUCUUCGCUGACCGUCCCAUACCCAGCCGGACCCUCACCUACAUGAACAUGCAGUGGGGACAAUUCGUGACCCACGACCUGCUCUCCCAAGCGAUGGAAGUCAACGACGAGGGCGGCAUCCAGUGCUGCUUCGGCAACGGUCGGGACGUGUUACCGCCGGAGUGGUUGAACGACAAGUGCAUACCGAUCUGUGUCCCCGAGGGCGAUCCCUUCUACCGGCAUCAUGGGGUGCGUUGCCUCAACUUCGUCCGCAGCGUCACCACGCCGAGGGACGACUGCGGCCUCGGCUACGCGGAACAGAUGAAUACCGUGACGAGUUUCCUGGAUGGUUCACCAAUCUACGGGUCAGAUCCGGCCCUGGCAUCCAAGCUGAGGGAGAAAAGCGGCGGUCGACUAAAGGAGAAGACGAAGAACGGAUGCAAACGAGGUUUCCUGCCGUUGGGUGAUCCGAAAACAUGCGAUUUGAGGAACUCCUCCGAUCCAUGCUACCUUGCCGGGGAUCGUAGAGUCAACCAGACACCGACGCUAGCGGUAAUCCAUACGUUGCUACUGCGGGAGCACAACAGGGUUGCUGACACCCUGGGCUCGCUCAACCCCCUUUGGACCGACGAGAAGAUAUUCCAAGAGGCGAGGAAGAUCGUCAUCGCGGAAAUCCAGCACAUCACUUACCAGGAGUGGCUGCCGUUGAAUUUCGGCGAGAGCUAUCUCCGGUACUAUCGGAUCACGCCGACGACGCUGUACAGUCGCGACUACAACCCGGACGUCAAUCCUGCCGUGGUAGGAUCCUUCGCGGCCGCUUUCCGCUCGCUGCACUCGAUUGUCCCGGACUCUUUCCUCACUUGCCCCUCCACCUACCACUGCGCUUACAUGUACAAACUCAGCGACCACUAUUUCAGCCCGGCGCUGGUCGAGUCCUCUCCGGAGGCUUUCGACGACUUAUUGCGCGGCAUCGUGAUGCAGAGCGCCGCCGAGUCAGACCCCCACUGCUCAAGGGAGAUCACCAACUUGCUGUUCAAGCUGAGGAACGAUUGGGGCAUGGACCUCGUCGCUAUGGACAUCCAGAGGGGCCGGGAUCACGGCCUAGCCUCUUACAACGACUACAGAGAGACUUGCGGUUUAAAAAGAGCAAAAAGUUUCCAAGACCUAUCCGGUGAAAUACCCCAAGACCGCAUUAAUGCACUUUCCAAAAUCUAUGAGUGUGUUGACGACAUAGACUUGUUCGUGGGCGGGACCAUGGAGAAGACGGUCCAUGGUUCAAUCCUUGGCCAGACCUUCCAGUGCAUAGUCGCCGAACAAUUUUAUCGUACGAGAAUUGGAGACAGAUUUUUCUAUGACAACGGCGAAAUGCCCCAUUCGUUUACACCUGAACAAAUGAGAGAAAUAAAAAAGGCGUCUAUGGCGCGACUUAUCUGCGACAACACGGACGGAGUUGAUUACGUGCAGAAGAAAGCUUUCGAGAUGGAAUCGGCACAGAAUCCAAAACACAGCUGUUCAGACUACGACGCCAUACCUUUUGUUGAUUUGACGGCUUGGAAGAGGCCGAUACUUGAGUUGUACGAU